AUGGUUACAAGUCAGAUUUGGGAUCGAAAGUCAGAGGUUCAAGGUACAAUCGGAAACAUCAAGAGAAGGAAAGCAAAAGCGGAGGAGGCAUCAGGUUCGAAGAUUGUACAAAGAUUAUUUCCUUCUUCUCCAUCUACGUUCACGCUUCCCGAUCUUUCCUACGAUUAUGGCGCACUGGAGUCGGCGAUUAGCAGAGAGAUUAUGCAGCUCCAUCACCAGAAACACCACCGGACUUACAUAACCAACUACAAUAAAGCUAUCGAGCAGCUCGAUGAUGCUAUCACCAAGGGAGAUGCUUCAACUGUUGUCAAAUUUCAGAGCACUAUUAAGUUCAAUGGCGAAGGUUAA